GAAGUUCGCCGAGCUUAUGAUAAAGCACUUGAAAAAUAUGAUAGCAUAAUAGCAAAAUAUGCAUCUCAAUCAAAGACCAAAGAAGCAAGUGCAUUACGAGAGGAUGCAUUUCAACUAUUUGAAGUUCGGAAAACAUAUAUAAAAAAUGCACUAGAUUAUACUCUCAAAAUUAUCCAGUUUAGAUCUGCUUUGGAUCAUUUUCUUAUGGAUCAGUUUUUGGGUGGCAUAUGUGCACAUCUAGAACUCCACGAUUCAUGUUUGAUGAUAUACAAAGGUUCUGAAAAUAGUUUUGAUAGGUUAAAGGGAUGGUUAUGUGAGAGCAAAAAAACAUGUGAAAAUCAGGUACCGGUUCUGCAAGAUUUAAGAAAAAAGUUAGAAGAGGAGGCGAUAAAUAUGACUAAACCACGUCGUAAAUUAACAAAAUACACUGAUCAUGUAACCCCCAUAACAAUACAUCCUACACCAAAUUCAUCACAAUCCAAUCGUCCCCCUUCUCCAGCUGUAAGUCUCACCGAUAUACCUCCAAAGCAAGGUUAUCUUUUCAUGAAGCCUCUUGGUGGAAAAGGUACUUGGACGAAAAAGUAUUUUUAUUUGAAAAAUGGAAUUUUUUGGUGGGCUUCUGUUGGAUCUGGAAAAAAUCGUUCCACGGUCGAGGAGAGUGAAAAAAUUGGUGUUUUACUUUGUGAAGUGAGGUUAGAUACAUCACAAGAUCGAAGAUUCUGCUUUGAAGUUGUAUGUGGUGCUAAACACUAUGUUCUUCAAGCUGAAACCGAAACUGAGCUUAAAGAUUGGGUCACUACUUUUGAAUCUGCGAAGCGUCAUGCUUUCCGUUCAACAAAAGACCUUGCAACAUCUGCCGUUGCAGCUGUAAGUCCACAUAAAGAGUCAGAAGAUGAACAAAAUCAACCUACUACUGAUGAAGAACAACGCAAUGAUGAUGCUGCAUUAAAAUCUAAUGAAGGUUCCCAACCUGAUGUAUUAGAUACAAAAUCGUCCAAUCCUCCCGCAACAUUAUCUUCUACUUCCAGUGACUUAAAACAAAGUUCUUUAAACGUCCCAAAUACAGCAAAUAGAAAACGAUCAUCAUCCAUACCUAAUCCUCAAAGACCACAAUUAGUUCCUACUUAUACUACUUAUGGUGGUCC